UUGUACUAUGACACAGAUGGCUUCCAUGCAGUCUACCAUUUGCAUUUUCUCUCUCUUUCUCACCCUCCAUUUCUUGUCUCCAUCCCUUGCAAAUGCCUAUUCCUCAACACCAACCUCACCGGAUACCAUUUGCGAUUCCACACCUUUCCCUUUCUUCUGCAAAUCCCUGUUACCAAACAAUCAAUCUUCCACCAUAUACGAUUAUGGCCGGUUUUCCAUUCACCAUUCGCUAGAAAGAACUAGUAAUUUCCUUUCAUUGGUCAACGGCUUCCUCAGACUCAAAUAUGGGCUCUCCCAACCCACUAUCCGUGCUCUCGAGGAUUGCCAGUUCCUCAUUGGCUUAAACAUAGAUUUCUUGUCUAGCACUAUUCAAUCCAUCGGUUCUACAAAUAUCCUUCAAAGUUCACAGGCCGAAGACACACAUACCUUGCUUAGUGCCAUUAUGACAAACCACCAAACCUGUUCAGAUGGGCUUCAAGCCACAACUCCAUCUUCUAGCAUUCAAAACGCCCUUUUAACCCCUUUCUAUGAUGGAAACAAGCUGUACAGCGUAUCGCUUGCGCUAUUUAGGCACGGUUAUGUUCCUCAGACAGGAAAAGGCAGGUGGCUAGCACAAAGAGAGUCAGUGUUUUCAAAAAAUGGUCACUUGGGUCUGAAAAUGUCGAGCCAAGAAGACCGAAAGGUUUACGAGUCAGUGAGUGGAAGAAAAGUCCUGCAAACUAGUGUGGGUGGCGGUAAUGUGAAGGUGAGCGAAAUGGUGACUGUGAGCAAAGAUGGGAGCGGGAACUUCAGCACGAUUAGCGAUGCGGUGGCAGCUGCACCAAACAAAACCGAUGGUAGCAAUGGCUACUUCAUGAUUUAUGUGGUUGGAGGAGUAUAUGAAGAGUAUGUUUCAAUUGCGAAGAACAAACAGUACUUGAUGAUGGUCGGAGACGGGAUUAACAAGACUGUGAUUACGGGGAACCGGAGUGUGAUUGACGGGUGGACUACAUUUAAUUCUGCAACAUUUGCCGUAGUUGGACAAGGAUUUGUGGCAGUAAACAUAACCAUUCGCAACACAGCAGGAGCAGUAAAGCAUCAAGCAGUGGCACUUCGAAACGGCGCCGAUCAAUCCACUUUCUACGACUGCAGCUUUGAAGGCUACCAAGACACCUUGUAUGCCCAUUCUCUCAGGCAAUUCUACAGACAAUGCGACAUCUACGGCACAGUGGACUUCAUAUUCGGAAAUGCUGCUGUAGUUUUCCAGAACUGCAAUAUGUAUCCGCGGCUCCCCAUGCAAGGCCAGUUUAACGCAAUCACUGCGCAAGGCAGGACAGAUAUAAACCAGAAUACCGGUACUUCAAUACAGAAUUGUAGCAUUACAGCUGCCCCUGACUUGGCGACGAGCAAUGGCACGACACAGACGUUCUUGGGCAGGCCGUGGAAGCAAUACUCAAGGACAGUUUACAUGCAAUCGUUUAUGGAUAGCUUGAUUGAUCCUGCUGGUUGGAUUGCAUGGUCCGGAGAUUUUGCACUGAACACGUCGUAUUAUGCAGAAUACAAUAAUAGAGGGCCGGGGUCCAGUACUGCUAGCAGGGUUACUUGGCUCGGUUAUCAUGUGAUAACCGCAACGGAUGCGAUUAACUUCACUGUCUCUAAUUUCAUAUCAGGAGAUGAUUGGUUGUCUGCAACUGGAGUCUCUUACACUGCUGGUUUAACAUGAUCAUAGCAACUUGAGAUGCCUUAUUUAUUUAUUUAUUUGUUCUUUUAUAUUCAAAUUUGAUUCUAUUUUUUGUUUUUGUUUUUUUUUUCCUCAAAAUUGCAAUUAAUUCAUGAUGUAUUUACUUGGAAAUUUGAAUUUAGUUAUUUGUUUUAAUCUA